AUGUCUUCUCAAAAACAUCUGAUGCCACCCCCUGCAGCUCUAUUAAAGCCACUGUCUGUUCCAGACAGGCUACUGCUGGGCCCUGGGCCCUCCAAUUGCCCCCCACGGAUCUUGUCUGCAGGUGGUCGACAGAUCAUAGGACAUGUCCACAAAGAGAUGAUUCAGAUAAUGCAUGAGAUCAAGCUAGGAAUCCAGUAUGCAUUCCAGACACAGAACCCACUCACACUGGCUGUCAGUGGUACUGGCCACUGUGCCAUGGAAGCUGCCUUCCUGAACGUGGUGGAGCACGGAGACAAAGUGCUGAUCGCUAUGAAUGGAUUUUGGGGCGAACGAGCAACCGACAUUGCCAAGAGGCUUGGUGCAGAUGUUUACCAGCUUGUAAAAGCCCCUGGAGAGUAUUUUACUCUAGAAGAAAUAGAGAAGAGCUUGGUGCAGCACACUCCAGUUUUGUUUUUCAUCACUCAUGGAGAAUCAUCUACUGGAGUAGUUCAGCCAUUAGAUGGCCUUGGAGAACUUUGUCACAGGCAUAAUUGCUUGCUGCUGGUGGAUGCUGUAGCGUCACUAGGGGGUACUCCAGUUUUCAUGGACCAACAAGGAAUUGACAUUCUCUACUCUGGUUCCCAGAAAGUCUUAAGUGCUCCACCUGGUGCUUCUCCCAUCUCUUUCAGCAUGAGAGCCAGGAAGAAGAUUUUCAACAGGAAGACAAAACCAACCUCCUUCUAUCUGGAUGUAGAAGAACUGGCUAAAUACUGGGGCUGUGAUGACAACCUAAUAAGGUAUCAUCAUACUGCACCUAUCAACACAUUCUUUGGUCUACGAGAGGGAUUAGCAAUUCUCGCAGAACAGGGACUUGAGAACCUCUGGAAGCAUCACAAGGAGACUAGUUUGUACCUGUGUGAAGGGGUGAAGAAACUAGGUCUCCAACUCUUUGUGAAGGAACCGGAGGCAAGGCUUCCCACAAUCACCACUAUUUCUGUACCUAAAGGGUAUGAUUGGAAGGAAGUCACUGAAUACAUCAUGAAAAAUCAUGGGAUUGAGGUUUCAGGAGGCCUGGGCCCCUCAGCAGGCAAGGUUUUUCGAAUAGGACUGAUGGGUUACAACUGCACUAAAUUCAAUGCUGACAGAGUUCUUCAUGCCCUGGAAGAUGCCUUUCAGCACUGUUUGAAGAACAAACUGUGA